AAUAGUCUUGCUUCUGACACGUUUCGCAUACAACUCCUUGUAAAGACUACGAGUGUUUGUCCUAAACCAGCGGAGGGUCCUAAGAUGACAUAUCUAUUUUUAGACCUGGCGCGCAGCGCCAUUUACUGUGGGACAGUCUGUCAGAAGAGAGGAUCAAAUUUGACCCUUUGUUAUUGACAGUCAGUAGAGCAUUCAACGCACCCGCAGUUUGACAUCCAGAUCGCAGAUUUCUUAGCGGUAACAUAGUGUACUACGAAAACGUCUUGUGUAACAUGGCCCGUUAUGAAAAAGAGGGUGAAAAGCCGGGAGCAAUGGAAAAGAAUCGAAAGAUUCUCAUUAUUGCCUUCGCAGUUGUUGCGAUCCUAUUUGCGUUUGCCAUCGGAAUGUUGAUAGGAGUUUUUGGAGUCAACAAGUCAGAUAAGAAGGAUGCUAAUCAGAAAGGCACAAUUAAACCUGGAGAUGAAAAAUCUCAGCGAAGAGCACAGCUUGAAAAGCAACAGGAAGAAAUGAUGAAUUUUCACAAGAAAUUUCAAUCCACAGUGGACCCAGAACAACUUAAAGAACACCUCAAGUGGCGUGGUAUCCAUUUGCAAUCAGUUUAUUUGCUGUAAGACCGGUUCGAAAGAGGCGAUUGUUAUUGCCAUCAACUCCGAGAGGAUCGUACCGUGGCCCGCCAUAAGGGACAUCGUAAAAGACGAUCGUACUUAGUAAAACGGCUUAACGAGCGCCACUAAGAAGUCUCUAACUGUUAGCAUUUUUGUCAUAGUUGUUUUCUUUUUAAAUCCUGAUGAUUAGCUCGUAGGUAUGGAGGAAAUUAAGAUUUUAUCUUUCAGCUACGAAAAAUCUAAAAUGAGUACAGUAAAAUAGAUAGGUAAGAGAAACCUGUAGGCUUUGGGAGUGUCUCAAGUAUGUUUCGAAUUACCAUGAAUUUCAGACGGGCGAAAAUGAUAAGAAUUAAGAUAUGGUUUUAAUUAAGCUAUCAAAGUUCUUGUUGGCUCAAAUGUUUAACGUUGUAUUGAACCAAUGUUUAUAUUUUGAAAAUUUUUUGACGGUUUCCAUAACGACCGGCGGCAGAAAUAGAAAGUCUAUAUCAAGUACGUCUGAUUAAAGAGUUUGUCGUGUA